GGUCGUAACAAGGAACCAUUUGCACAAAACCUUUUUACUCUGUAACUACGCAGUACUGCCCAGCGUUACUAAAACCACCGAUUCAAAAAGUCUUUGCUAGCAAUACGUUUUUAAAAUCGUGCAUGUGGACCAAUACCACUGGAUCACAACAAUGGUGUCAGCAAACAGGAUGAUCUUCGGAUGGAAACUUUUGUAUCUUCCAGUAUUCUGCUUGCUAUUGGCAGGAUUUGUCGUAACAGUUGAAGGAACUCCAUGGCUACAGAUGUUUGCGACCGUGAAAGGGACCGGGCAAACUGCCGUAGACGCCUGGAAUGAUAACACCGGUGAAAACGUUUUACACGACAAGAGCCCUUUGGUCGAGCAAUGGGGAUCGCUUGGCAUCAAACGGGUGAAGAUCGUGCUGGAGGCCUCCACUGGAGAUGUAGAGUUGAUAUUCAACGGAGAAAACACAGACAAGUACAACUGGUUCUCCCUGGCGCGUCUGGUGUCAUCUCCUUGGAACGACGUUCAUACUGAGCCUAAUAACUUCUUUUCGAUCGCAGGACAUGAUAUCCACUUACGAACUUUUUUCAUCAGCAGAAGCUACGCUGGCUGUCCCCUUGACUUUGGUUGGCUUGUGUUGGCCGAGGGAACCGCCUGCACGUGGGAGCAGACAUCUUCAAACCAGCGCCCAUACAUUCUGUUUUCUCCUACAACUACGUACGUCAACUGGAACGACGCUAAUGUUGGAAAAGCUGAUCGCAUGGUCAUUUACAUCGACACGGAGGAAUGCGCUGAGUGCGAUCAGGUCUGCACAUAUACAAACCGGGAAUUCCAGUGCUCUUGCUAUGCCGGAUACACCUCAAAUGAAAACAGCAAUUGUGUCGACAUCGAUGAAUGCGUGGAAGAAAAUGGCGGCUGUGAUCACAUCUGCACCAACACAGAGGGGAGUUUUCAGUGUUCCUGCAAUACUGGCUACCUUCUCAAUGCUGAUGGAUGGACAUACCCGUGCCUAACGGCCACUCGCCUGUACGAGCCACACCGCAGUACCGCGUACGUCACAGCCGGAUCGACCGUGUGCGACAAUGACCUGGCGGCGGGCUGGUACCGCUUCACUCACGUGGGAGGCACGAUGCCGACCAGCUGUGUACAGUCCUACCGCUGUGACGACAGUAUAGCUAACUGUUCGGCCUGUGUGAAUACCGGCGUGCCUGACGAGUGCUGCACAGAACAAUACAACAUUGAAGUCAAGAGAUGCCCCACCCCCGGACACACCUACUACGUCUAUAAACUUGUACCGACCAACCACUGUGAGGCGUACUGUGCAGGUGAUAGCGUGCCCUGCCCAAAUGGUGAAAUGUACAACGUAUUCCACCGUACCUGCGGAAAUAUCAUCCCGUUGUUCUCAAACAACCCUAUCCUCCAUCCUCCUGAGUAUGACUUAAUCAACAAUCACGUGACGUUCACGUGUGAGGUUGAGUAUGACCCUGAUGACGUCACUGCCCAGUUUGACGUUAUGUUCCUGUUCGAUAAUGAGUACUUUCCGGACGUGCCCAACGUGACCCUGACGGCCGGGAAAAGGCGCGCAAAGAUGGACGCCAGUCACCUGGGUCUGAACCAGCUGUACCCUCAUUUGCCUGUCACGUGGCCGUCGAAGAUGGGAAAAGCUGUUUCCUGUCAAGUGAGGUCGUACUGGGAAGAAACUCCCGAAGUGAAAAGUGAGUGGCGUCAAAGCAACUCCUACUGGGCAGGAAUUGAGGCAGAAGACGUUGUCGUGAUCGAGGAGUCGGCUGAGUACUACAAGCUGGAGCUCAACAGUACCGUCCCGUUCGUCUGUAGAGGUGGGGCGCAAAGGGCGGGGCAGUGUUACGUAGACGUUCCCUUGGCAUUCGACGCAAACGACGACGACGUCUGCAUGUCUCAGCGUUGUCACGUGAGGUUUUACGCGGACAGGUGGUCAGACACAGAACACAGGUUGAAAGGAGAGGCCAUCUUGGUUGCCGUAAAAGAUGGCCAGUGGGACGGAGACAAGCAUAUGCUCAUCAACUUUGGGAAGAUCACCCACUCCCCGGUCACGUUCAACAUUCCUCACAUCUUCCAUGGCUACACACCAGAGUUCAACAUUCAGGUUCGAACAAUUGAUUCCAUCGAGGCUACUUGCACGUACUCCGGUGACCCCCACGGCAUUACCUUCGACGAGCUUACAGGGAACUGGCUCAAACAAAUUCACGUGAUACUUCCUGGGGAAUUCGUUCUCUACAGAAGUACAAAACCUGGCCGAAAGUUCGAGGUCCAUUCACGACACAGACGCUGCCGUUGGGAUUUCGACAUUUCCUGUAACUGUGGAGCGGCUAUCCGCGAGGGGAACGACGUCGUGAUCGUCGACUACUGCCACAGGACUUCACCAAUGAUUCAGUACAAAACAGCUACAGGAGGGCCUCUAUCUCCGGGCGUUGUAGUCAGCCAGGACAGGAAUGGGCGGUACAUCAGGGUUACGAUGCCUUCUGGUGCGUUCUUGGAAGUCAUAGGUUCUGGUUUCGUCACCCUGCGUGUCCACGCGCCGGGGAUAGAUAAGGGGUUCACCGAAGGGCUCUGUGGGACCUUCGAUGGUGACCCUGCCAACGAUGCCAUGAUGCCGGACGGUACCAUUUCUACUCACCACAUCUGGCCGGACUGGCACAGAGACUUCUCCUAUACUUGGCGAAUUCAGCCCGGACAGAGUCUGUUCGACGUGGAGUGUAUAGACGAGGUCAGCAGCCCCGUGUCUGAGUCCGAGUUCUGCACGUGUGGGGAGGGGAACAGAGUAGAGUGUAGCCCGACUAAAACUCGCAAAUCUAACCCCCUGAACGCCGUUUUCAACACCAUUCAACCAUACCAAGAGGUAAAAAUCCGGAACUGCGCAAGGAGAAGGAAGAGGGAUCUAGAUAGCAUCGAAGACGACCCGGAUUUGUACAACGACGACGUCGACACGACGCAAUACGAGUUCGACUACGCCUUAAACUCGGAACCGGUUGUCAACAGUAUGUGGCCUACCCCCAACAGAGGAAUAACAGAGGAGGAAGCCAUGGAGAAGUGUCAAGGGGGAAUCUUGAACUUGACCAUCGCUGAAGACUGUCGGGAUGUGUACGGUGUGGACAUCUUCUCUGGAGUGGACUUCUGCAUGGCGGAUGUAAAAGUAACGGAAGAUUUCCAGUAUAUUGACAUCAUUGUGCAACAGAUUCAGGCAGAAUGUGCCGAAAAGGCCUACAACAAUGUCAGUCUGUACGAGACCAACGAGAACGGCACAGCGGUGCCUCCAGCCUUCAUCACGGAGAACCUGUGUCCGCGCCAGUGUAGUAACCAAGGCCGGUGUGUGAACAGCACGUGUGAGUGUAACCAUGGUUACACGUCUGCAGACUGCUCCAUACAGAUCGGCAGGCCUCCAGUCGCGCUGGAACUCCCCUCGGACGGGCUGUGUGACGUCAGGAGUCGGCCCUGUAUGAAGACGUCUUUCUUCGCCGAACCCGUGGUGAACUCGGAGAACCUGACCUGUAGAGUUACUCAAGUUCAGAUACAGGAUGGAGUAAAGACUCAAGCCAACACCAGCGGCCGGUCCGAGGCGACGUUCCGCAGUUUUGGGGAGGUGUCGUGCGCCCUCCCCAGGUCUCCUGUACGGGACGGGACACCUGACACUAAAGAAGGCGCGGUGGCUCAUGGGAUGCUGGUGUCCGUUAGUAACGAUGGAGAACGGUUCAGUGAGGAGUUGUUCUUCACCGUGUACGACUCCGUCUGUCAGGAGUGUACUCAGGGAGGGGACUGUACGUGGCGGCCCAACACCUGCAUCAUUCGGGGACACUGUUUCAGGGAUGGUGAGGCAAAUCCAAACGACUGGUGUCAGCAGUGUUUGCCUGCGCUUUCCAAUUCAACGUGGUCACAUCGACAAGUUAACGUCGCCCCAAGGCUUACGACACCCUCCACUAUUCAAAAACUUGUCGGUGAGAAUCUGACGGUGACCUUGACCGCAGAGGACCCAGAGGGAAGACCUUUGACCUUCCGAAUGACAUCGUCAGAUGACCUUGGCGUUAGCGUACAGUCAAACGGACAUUUGCACUGGACAGCAGAUGGGGUCAGCUCUUUUUCCAUCAACGUCACAGUUGAAGACGAGUGUGGCGCGACGUCCGAACAGACGUUCCACCUCACCACGAUGUCGUGCCCGUGUGAGAACGGAGGAUCCUGUGUGCCCGAUCCCGACAUGCCCCGCGGACAGGGCUUCUACGCAUGCGUGUGUCCUGGGUACACCGGGGCCGUGUGUGAAACUGAGGUGGACGAAUGUCAGUCCAGCCCGUGUGUGAACGGAACCUGUAUUGACCUCGUGAAUGGCUACAAUUGCACCUGCGCGGAAGGAUACAUCGGUACCCGGUGUGACGUGAGUGCUGACAACAAGUGCGCACUAGACCCGUGUUUUCCCGAGGUUUCAUGCAUCAACUUGGAGGACGGGGGCUACUCGUGCGGACGGUGUCCUACGGGAUACGUAGGGAAUGGAUACGACUGCGAAGAUAUGAAUGAAUGUACGUCUGGUAUUCAUGACUGUCCGUACAUCUGUAACAACCUUCCCGGAACAUACGAAUGCACCUGUUCAGAUGGGUUCGUGUUGAUUGGCGAUGACUGCAUAGAUGUGGAUGAGUGUGCUUUAGAGCUGGAUGACUGUUCCCACUACUGUACCAAUAUGAAUGGGUCCUACAUGUGUGGAUGUCCUGCAGGAUACGGACUUAACACAGACGGAAAGACAUGUGACGACGUGAACGAGUGCGCCAGCUCCCCCUGUCGGAAUGGAGGCCAAUGUCAGGACGGAGUCAACCAGUACAGAUGUUCGUGUGCCCGCGGUUGGGUUGGGAAACACUGUGAGGAAGACAUAGACGAAUGUAGGCUGACGAACCACGGCUGUCAUGAGUGCACCAACACCCCCGGCAGCUACAAUUGUUCCUGUAUGGACGGGUACGUGGUCGGCGCCGGCGGGACAUCAUGUCAAGACGUAGAUGAGUGUCUCCUAGACAACGACGUGUGCCCGUAUGUCUGCAUCAACACUGAGGGAAGUUACUACUGUAUCUGUCCGCCUGGGUACAUGCCCGAAACAGACGAAUGCUAUCUUCCACCGACGGACCCCCCAAUAAAGCGGUCUACUGCAAUCGGCGAUGACUGUAGGUCAACUCCAUGUACGCUUGAACACCAGGAAUGUACGGAGAGUGGAGGAACCUACAUUUGCCAAUGUGCUGAAGGGUACUACUUUGCGAUCGUCGGAACUAAGGACACAUGCAGAGAAUCACUCACAUAUGAAGCUGAACUGACCAUUGUGGAAAUCGGUGGCGUGCAGCAGCGCUUCACAGCAAAGUUGGAUGAUCCAGAAUCUGAGGAAUUUCGGAGGACGGCCUCGGUUGUUGAGAAUGCACUGAGUGAACAUUUUGAGGCCAGUAGCCUCAGUGGACGGUGCAAGGGAGUUAAGAUCACGUCCUUCCGGGAAGGAAGCGUCAUCGUCCGGUUUGACAUCUACCUAUCCCAGGGUCCCGCCUCCGUCAGUAUGGUCACAGAGGCGUUCUACGGGAAUAUAAGUGACAACACCUUUGGUUCAGCGCAAGUCACAAUCGUGCCAUCGUCUUUGACAGUUUCAGAAGUCGUCAAAGACGGACCGACAACUCCAUGGUACCACGAGCCGCUGUACCUGACACUGGUUUGUGCCGGCUGUGCUGUUACUCUCAUCGCCAUCGUGGUGACAUUGAUCUGCUGGUAUAUCAAGCACAGCGGUCAGCAAAAGAAACAAAACAAAGUGGACGCAGUUGACCACACCCAGCUUCCAAUGACCAACAGGCAACAGAGCAGCAGAAAUAAGCAAGAUUUUGUAGAGCCUCCUAUGGCUUGGUGAUAUUCGCCUCCAUGAAAAAGGAAAGUUAUUGUUUUUAGUGUGCUGUGUGUUUGUGUAUUUUCUGAUUUUGCAUAACGUCAAACCUCUAGAUUUUGUAUAUAGAUUAGUAGAUGAUCAAGGUCAGUUUGGUCCUCCUGGUGUGUGACCUUGGUACUGCAGUUUUUGUCUCUUUUCCUUAGACAUGAUAUAUUUUCGUUGAAACUAGUUUUAUCAAAAGAAUGUGUACCUAUUAUGUGACACUGUAUAUAGAUAUAAUUGAUGCAAAUCAGGGACUGAUUUUCAUGAUUAAUGAAAUGCUACAAUAGCCUUCUUUAAAAAGAUGAGGUUUUAAUAAUUUGUUUUUCUUUACGUCUGCGUACCUACAAUCAAGAUCAAUUUGAUAGACAAGGAGAAUUGUUUUGGAGAUAACUUUGCGCUAUGGUAAUUUGUUUGGCCCUAACAAACCUAACAGUAAAAAAUGAUGGCUGGUAAAAUAUAUCCAUUUUGCACUAAGUUGGUGUCUGUAAAAUGUUUGCUUUGUAUGUAUGUAGACAAUAUUCCCGAAAGAAGAUAGCCUAGAAUGGACUAUUUUUUACACCGAUGUUUACACCAAUGUCCUCAUUCUACUUGGGUGAAAAUAAGUACCUGAUAGCUUGGGUUAGGAACGUACAUCGGACAGGACAUUAAAUGGAGGUACUGUG